AUGAGCCACUAUACUGGUCACAAUACACCUACAGGUCCGCCACCCGCUCGCGUGGCAUUUUUCGGCGUGACUCUCUUUGCAGCGGGCUACAUCGGUUUCUACACUUUCCUCAAGAAAAGACACGAGCGCAAGCAUAUGCUCGACAGAGUGUCUGAUACGGAGGCUAGAAUUUCUAGUUGGGAAACUCGCAUGCUUCAACGCGCCACCCCAGUCUCUUCCUCUUCCUCACCAGAAGCUCUCCGCGCAGCGCGCAUCGAAAAUCGCAAAACGAGCCUCCCACCGCCUACCUCCAUGCAUGACGCGCAUCAUCGUACGCUCCUCAGCGACGCUUCCUAUACAAACGGCACACGCAAUUUGAGCCAGCCAACAGCGCAAAAAGGGUUCUCAAAUGGAAGGACGGAAGUGUAUACUAAGAACCCUGGGUGGCGUGAGCAAGCGCAUUACGCUCUACCUUCCAAAGCGGACGGAAACGGUGAUGGUAAUGGUAAUGGUUUUUUUAGUGGAGGAGCGGGGUAUGGGGAAGGAGAGGCGAGCGCUGCGGGAGAAUUUGUGGAUAAGGUGGAGGAGGGAGCGAAGGAAGCGAAAGAUAGCAUUAAGCGUGUGUUCGGGAAGUGA